UUGUUUUUUGGGGGUGUAACACCGCUGAAGUUUAGCCGAACGGCUAAAACUAAACGCGAGAGCCCGUUCGGUGGACCCGCGCUCUGCCCUCGGAGACUACAUUUCCCAUACUGCCCCGCGGGCCAGGGAGGUGCGUGAAGCAGUGUCUCCUAAGACCCGGAUUGAGGGAUGAAAAUAGGUAUGCCUGGAAGCAGAUUUUAAAAGCAGUUUCUCCAGGUCAUCUUUCACACCACCGGAUAAGCAUCUUGAGUCACCAUGGUAUUAGCAGCAGUAAAACGGGUGAUAUCAAACAGAACUAUCUGGAAACAUUUAUUUCCGAUUCAAAACGGAGCUUUAUAUUGUGUUUGUCAUAAAUCUACGUAUUCGCCUCUUCCAGAUGACUAUAAUUGCAAAGUAGAGCUUGCUUUGACAUCUGAUGGCAGGACAAUAGUAUGCUACCACCCUUCUGUGGACAUUCCAUAUGAACAUACAAAACCUAUCCCACGGCCAGAUCCUGUGUGUAAUAAUGAAGAAACACAUGAUCAAGUGCUGAAAACCAGAUUAGAAGAAAAAAAUGAACCCUUGGAGCAAGGACCUAUGAUAGAACAACUUAGCAAAAUGUUCUUUACUACUAAGCACCGUUGGUAUCCUCGUGGACAAUGGACCUGCCGCCAGUGCCAUCAUGGCAUGUGAAGUCACCACCCUGGCACAUAUAUCCCAGAAUAAUCCUGUGAAAGCAGGAACCUUUAUAACCACGUCCUUUCUCCCCAAUGCUUAGAGCAUGGAAGUUCUCUGCCAUUUUUGGAACUUUGUCUGCAAACACCUUGAAGGAGAUGGAGCCCAAGGGCUCACCAUCCAUGGAGAUGUUGAACAUGGUGGGGUUGACCAUGGCUGGGCAGCAUGGGUGGCUCCAGGGUGGUGGCGUCUGCAAAGCCCCAAUUCUUUUUUUUUUUUUUUUUUUAACUUUAUUUAUUUAUUUUGAGAGAGAGCUAGAGAGAGCACCAGCACCUGUGUGGGGGAGGAGCAGAGAGAGGGAGAGAGAGAAUCCUAAGCAGGCUCCAUGCUGUCAGUGCAGAGCCCGAUGAAGGGCUCAAUCUCACAAACUCAGACCUGAGACUCAUGACCUGAGUUGAAAUCAAGAGUCUGACCUUAACUGACUGAGCGACCUAGGCAUCCCUGAUAGCUCCCAGUUUAAUCUCUGGCCAAGCCCUGUUCCUUGAUCUCCAGAACUAUAUAUCCAGCUCCAACUGUAUAUCCACAUGUCUAAUAGGCAACCCUAACUUAAUAUGUCUCUAACUGAGCUUCUAAUGGUCCGCCACAAACCAGCUUCUCCUACAGCCUUCUCUAUCUCAGUUAAUGCUAGCUCCAUUCUUCUCAUUGCUUGGGCCAGAAACCUUGGUGCCAUUCUUGAUUCUUCUCUUUGCCUCACACCCAACGUAUGGUCUCUCAGCAAAUCCUGUUAGCUCUGUCUCCCAAAAUGUGUCCACAUUUGACCAUUUAUCACCAUUCCUUCUGCCACCAUCCUGCUCCAUGUGACCACCCUUUGCCUGGUUUUUUGAAGUCACUUCUUUUUUAAAUUUUUUUUUUUCAACAUUUAUUUAUUUUUGGGACAGAGAGAGACAGAGCAUGAACGGGGGAGGGGCAGAGAGAGAGGGAGACACAGAAUCGGAAAC